GCAGGUACCAAAUGGCGCACCUGGCGCGGGGUUAGUUCGCCGCGCACCCUACAACCGUCCACAUCGCUUUGUAUCGCCUGACAUCGCAUUUCACAAGCCCAUGUCCAAAAGCAUGUUCCAAAAGCUGGCCGAGGAUUAUGCGAAGUUCAAACGCUACGUGAAAUGGCUGUAUUUGCUCUACGAGCUGAACACACAGAUUGCCAUUUGUGAGCCCUGGGAAAAGGUGUUCUUGAAUGUUCUCCUCGGCAGCUGCGUCUCCUUGAUCGUCUACGCAUCCAUCGCCUUUGUGCCCGGCUACUGUGCGACUGUCUUCCACCUCCUGUGGCCCCUGACCAGCAUGCAAAAUCUCACCAGCGCCUGUAACUCGAAUAUUGAGGGCUUCUGCGGCAACGAAAGUGGAGCAGUAAUCACAUAAUCUUAGUUUAGCUUAUCUUAAUCAAUAAAUAAUUAAAAAUUUAA